AUGCCGCUCGACACAUCAACAUACAAUCUCGCCCUGCUCCGCGUCGACGGGCGGCGAUGGAACGAGCUGCGGCGCGUCCACGCCCAGAUCCGCACGCAGGCGGCCGCCGACGGCUCCAGCUACCUUGAGAUGGGCCACACCAAGGUGAUGUGCGUGGUGACCGGUCCUAGCGAGCCCGGUCCGCGCCGCGGCGGCAUUGGAGGCGGUGGAGCCGGGGGUGGCGGAAGCGGCGCGGGGGGCGGGCAGUCGAAGGAGGCCGAAGUCGUCGUGAGCAUCGUAAUUGCCGGUUUCAGCUCCGUGGACCGCAAGCGGCGGGGCAGAGGGGACAACCUGCACACGCACCUGUUCCCGCACAGCCAAAUCACCGUGUCGCUGCACGUGCUGUCGCAGGACGGCUCGCUGCUGGCGGCGCUGAUCAACGCGGCGACGCUGGCGUGCGUCGACGCGGGGAUCCCCAUGACCGACUACGUGGCCGCGUGCACGGCCGGGUCGACGUCGACGUACGCGGCCAACGACGAGGGCGCGGACCCGCUGCUGGACCUGAACCACCAGGAGGAGCAGGAGCUGCCCGGGCUGACGGUGGCGACGCUGGGCGCCAGCGACCGCGUGGCGGUGCUGGUGUGCGAGAGCCGAGUGCAGGUGAGCCGGCUGGAGGGCAUGCUCGCCGUCGGCGUGGACGGGUGCAAGCAGGUGCGGGAGAUUCUGGACCGGGUGGUGCGGGAGAAGGGCCGCCGGAUGAUACAGGAGGGGACGGUGGAGAAGGGGGUUGGGCUAAACGACAUGGACAUCGACUGA